AUGACUCGUACCCUCCCUCUUUUUACCCAUUUCGCUGGCAAUUAAGUCCGUUACACUUGAUUUGCUGCGAAGCCUUCCGACCGAAUCCACUCCUCGGUUGCUCUCGGUCGACUGCCGCCGCCCAGCCGACUCGACCUUCCCAUCGGCCUGGUCAGCUAUUUCUUGGAUCGUUUGCCCUUCCUCUUUUGUCCGACCUCGUUGGCCACCAUAGUCCGGUACACUGGACUUGCUGCGAGCCUUGCAGCCGCGUAUCCUCCGCGGUUGCCUCUCGGUCGACUUCCGCCGCCCAGCCGACUCGACCUUCCCACCGGCCUGGUCAGCUAUUUCUUGGAUCGUUUGCCCUCCCUCUUCUGUCCGACCUCGUUGGCUACCAUAGUUCGGUACACUGGACUUGCUGCGAGCCUUGCAGCCGCGUAUCCUCCGCGGUUGCCUCUCGGUCGACUGCCGCCGCCUCGGUCGACACCCCCUUCGCUCCUUCGCGCUUUCGCGCGCUCUCUCGCUCUCUCCCUCGUCUCUCGCGUGUAGUCAUCGUCAUCCCCUCCGACGUUGCCUGUCAGUUGUCGGCCGGACCAGGCCGGACCCGGGACACGUUUGCCCCCCGAGCAGGCUCCCACACGUGUGUGCAAGUUUAAGUUUAACUCAUAGUCCCAGCUAGUCUUGUUCAAUGACAGAAUCUGGCAAACGCUAGAUCCGCUGGACCACCAAAUCAUCUACCAUAUAUCGAGCAUUUGUCACCUCUUCCCCAGAGCAGCUGCAAGCCUCUCUUCUGAACUCGCUUCGCGUCCGGCUCACGUGACGUGUUGUUCCCCCACCCCGAUCUCCCCUCACCUAUCACCGCUGCCCUGGCCUCCGUCAUCGCCUGCCUUGGGUCCUUGUUCACGUCUACAUCGGUUCUGAGGAUCGAGGACCAUCCGACUGCGCCGCCGACGCGAGUUGGUACACCGACGCUCGCUUGCGGCGACCCAGCAACGUCAUCGGCACCAAACACCGUAAAGGAUUGCAUCUUUUGUGGCGUGACGAAGAGCAACUCUGCCUUCAAAGUAGUGUACGAGGUCAGUCCUAGCUGUAUCAUGAACUGGUUUGCCCAUUUGCAUGCGCUGACACGUGAAUGCGACGCGAUUGCAGGACAACGAGUUUGUCGUGUUCAGAGAUCGAUCACCGGGCAGCAAGGUGCAUCUGCUCGCGAUACCCAAGUCACAUGUCGGUGAGUUUUGACGUUGCAUACGGAGCCCAGAUCUUUAAGAUCCUAAUGCCGACUUUUCUCUUAGACAAUGUCAAGAUGCUUUUGAGGGAGGACCUGGACUUUGGUUCGUCUGCCUAGUAGGCCGUCGCGACACCCAGUGCGACUGUAUCAGCGCACCCUGACGGCCUUGAAGAACUCUACCACAGUGGAACGGAUAAAGGCGGUCGGGCACGUAGCGCUGCAACAAGCCGGCGUGGCACCCCAUCAGCGGAGGUUCGUUCGGGUUCGCAUGUGCAGCUCAGCCGUUGGCCCAGACACAGAGACUGAUCAACGAGAGUGUUGAUAGGCUCGGCUUCCAUAUACCACCGUACGUCAAGUUCAUUGGAGAAGAGUUAUUUGAGAUUGCAGAUAGGCGCUGAUCUUGGCUUCGCUUUCCCAACGAAGGAUAGAUUCUUCUCGGUGAGGUCUCGCCGAACUUUUGUCCCUCGACGGGGCCACGGCGUACUGAUAGAACCCCCCGCUCUGUUGGGGAAGUACAGGUCAAUCAUCUGCAUCUACACUUGCUAUCGACACCUCUUCCUUUCCCCGGGUCAUUCAAAUACCGCCCUGCAAUCCCCAAAACCAAAACCGCUCACGCGGCACAGUUGGGCACCCAUUUGAUCAAAGUGAAGGGGCUCAGUUGGUUCGUCGAGGUCGAUCAGGUUAGUCGGAGAAGUUGCUCGAAGUAUGUAAGCAGCUGUCUGAAGUGCUCACAUCACCCGAGGGUCUGUCCUACCCCGGGUUACUCUAGGUGCUGAGAAUCUUGGCGGCAGGCGAACGAGUCAAAGUGGGGGCGGUCAAGAUCCGACUCGCCGCUCAGGGUACUACCUAUGGGGCACAAUCUAAUCAAGAGGGACCAUCUUGA